AUGCAACACACCACUGCCUCUUUGCAGCGACGCCUUGAAGAAGCGGAAGAGCAUUUCCUCUCCGCUCUGUCCUCUCAAGAUGACAUAGCCUUAGAGGCUUUCAGAAGAUGCUGGGAAGCCCUUUGUCUGGAUUUCGAAGACGCUUUCCACGCGGGUAUCGUGGACGACUCUUUACGAAAGCUUGCUCAGUACAUAUCCUCUAGAGUCGUCAUUCUCGACGAGAGCCUCUUUCAUCUGUAUCAGCAACAGGAAGAGAAAACCGCGUCGUUCAUGUCUGAAAUUGACGAAUUAUUCGCGAAGAUGGCCAUCGACGACAUUGUGGAACCAACCCCUCUCGACCGUGCAGUGACAUCACGUACACGGCGCGAAAACGCGGCCGAGGACAAGGCUUCGUCGUCUCUUCCUCCUAUCAUUCCACUGGCUUUCGAUUGGCUGGUGGAAAACCUGCAGAAUCCUUAUCCAACGACUGCGUUAAAAUUGUCCAUGGCUACACAAGCAGGAAUCUCUUUUCGCUCCAUGGACGAAUGGUUCAAGUCCGUUCGUCGCCACAUUGGCUGGGUGUCAAUCGUGAAGAGACAUUUCAAAGGCUCGCGGGCUCUUGCGGUUGCUGCGGCAGAGCGAGUUCUCUCCCAAAACGGUGGCGAUACAACCACUUCCUUCGAGAUCGCUGCAGACCUCCUAGCAAUGAGGUCAGAGCUGGUUAACCUCUACCCAAAUGCCAAACAACAUUCUUGCAGACACGCUCCAUCAUCAUCAUCAUCAUCAUCAUUGCCUCGCGCGGACUCGCAGAAGCCAUCGUCGUUUCUUCCAUAUUCGUCCUUGACCUGCGGCAGCUUUUCUUCGAUCUCCGAGCUAUCUGGGGGCUCGCAGUCGCCACCCCCCACCAGACCACCGUCACUUAUAUUUACGUCCUCGGACAGCGAGGAUGAUGACCGCCUGUCACUGCUCACACGCAGUUCGCCCACCAUAUCGCAUUAUGGGUUUGACUUGCAGCUGUCGAGAGAGUCCUACAACGAUUCCGCAACAUCAGGAACUUUGCUCAACCUCCCUGGCCUCGUAUCUCCUUCCGACUCAUCACAUGAUGUUCCAUCUUCAUCACUCGUCACAGAGUCCCCCUGGUGGCCGGCUCAUAUUUACGAUGAUCCAGUCCUAUCAAUCAACACCCAUUUCUCUUCGACAGCCACCGUCACCAGAAAGCGUCGGAGGUCUAACGCAGACGAUGUGCCGCUGACGAAGCGUUCUAGGAAAAACCCCACACCGGCCUCGACGAAGCCACAGGCGGUCUCUACCUCCCUUCCUCAACGUCGAGUACAUUGCGAUGGCCCUUCUUCCGAUUGCGACACUUCUUCCAAGAAAGGUGGCGCAAACUCAACGCUCGACUCUCGGUUGGUGAUCGACUCCUGCUGUUCCCUUCACAAGGUCCGGCCUACUGAAUCGUGUGCCGACCAAAUUGCUACUGUUGACAGAUCCACGAUUGUAAGGGUCAAUUCACCCCAGCAUAAUUAUGCCGCAUGCAUUCGUACCGUACCGUCGCCUACCACGCUAAGGCAAACUCCCCCCCUCAUCGAUGCCGGCGUACCAGAGUUGAGCCCUGAAGCACUAAAAGAGAUGCUCGACGACAUUUUAUCGAACUUCCACGUAGAUUCAACGCUAGCCAACGAGGUACCGCCACCCCUUCAACUACCCUUCACUGAGGAUAGCCAUGUACCAAGUCCGUCUAUGGACCUUCCUCUUGAGCAGCGAGAAGAGUUUGGUCUUCUACUUGCAUCUGCCGAGUUACAACUUCCGGAGUUCGACGAAGCUCUAUGGAAGAGCAUCUUCGAAUCGUCGGUGGUUCCGUUGCACGAUGUCCUAUUACAACCGACUAAGCUCGUCAAUCUCAUUCGCCUUGUAUUCUCGCCCUACAAAGGACACAAGGAAACAGCAUCCAGCGUUGAUAAGGACUAA